AUGGCAGAGGCGGCCCCUGCUACCACCCCUGGGGUGCUGGCGCGGUUUGGCUACGAGCUGGAGGGGCUGCUGGGUCACUGCGUCUACGGGAAGGUGUACCGGGCCCGGGCYCGCCAGGGGCACGCGCAGGUCGCCAUCAAAGUCAUCUCCAAAAAGAAAGCCACGCAGCAGUAUCUGAGAGAGCUGCUGCCCCGGCACAUCCAGCUAUGGAAGGGGGUGCACCACAAGCACCUCAUCACUCUCUACCAGGCCAUCGAGACCAGCAGCAAGCACUACAUCGUCAUGGAGCUGGCGCCCGCGGGCAACGUCCUGCAGCGCGUGCAGAGCCAGGGGCCCUGCUCCGAGCAGCAGGCGGGGCUCUGGUUCUCCCAGCUCGUCCUCUGCCUCGUCUACCUGCACAGCAGGGCCAUUGUCCACCGAGACUUGAAGAUGGAGAACCUCCUCCUGGACAGCAAAGACAAUGUGAAGCUCUCCCUCCUUGGCUUCCCCCGAAGUAUGGCCGUGGAUGAGGUCAAGGGGGAGUCCGUGGCAGCUUCUGCACCUGAAGGUGGAUCCAGCGGGAAGAUACUGAGCCAGACGUUCUGUGGGUCCUAUGCCUACGCCUGCCUCGAGAUCCUGCAGGCGCAGCCCUAUAACCCCUACUUGGCAGACACCUGGAGCGCCGGCGUCAUCCUCUAUGCCAUGCUCCUGGGCUGUGAUCCUGAAGCUGCUGUGCCCAGCCUCGGAGCGUCUCUCGGCUCAGGAGCUCCUGCACACAUCUUGGGUCUCUCGCUUCCUGCUUCCAGAUCACCCGGAGGACCUGUCCUCUGCCACAACAGCCCCAAAGAAAUAAUCCUCCAGCUGUAG